GCGGUCCGCGCUGGCGGCGGCGGGAGGAUGCGCGAGUACAAGGUGGUGGUGCUGGGCUCGGGCGGGGUGGGGAAGUCAGCGCUCACGGUGCAGUUCGUGACCGGCACCUUCAUCGAGAAGUACGACCCCACCAUCGAGGACUUCUAUCGCAAGGAGAUCGAAGUGGACGCUUCUCCCUCCGUCCUGGAGAUCCUGGACACGGCGGGCACCGAGCAGUUCGCCUCCAUGCGGGACCUCUACAUCAAGAACGGGCAGGGCUUCAUCCUCGUCUACAGCCUGGUCAACCAGCAGAGCUUCCAGGACAUCCGACCCAUGCGCGACCAGAUCAUCCGCGUCAAGAGGUAUGAGAAGGUGCCAGUAAUUCUGGUUGGUAAUAAAGUGGACCUGGAAAGUGAGCGAGAAGUAUCGUCGAGUGAAGGCAGAGCCUUAGCUGAAGAAUGGGGUUGCCCCUUUAUGGAGACCUCUGCUAAAAGUAAAACAAUGGUGGAUGAGCUCUUUGCAGAAAUUGUUAGACAAAUGAACUAUGCAGCACAGCCAGACAAAGAUGAUCCGUGCUGUUCUGCAUGUAAUAUACAAUAGCACUAAAAAUGACCUAACCUGGACUUAAUUUGCAGAAAUUUUGUAAGGUGGUAAAACUGUCUACUUCACUUCCUGGUUUGUGCGUCACUUGAAAUACAUCUGUAGUGAAGUAGCAACAUUAACUCAGAGCUGAGCAUUGAAAGUCAAUCAGUGACUCUGAAUAUAAUUGGGUUAAAUGACCACAUCUCACCCGUUUUUUCCCUUUGAGCACCUGCAAUUUUAUGGCAUAGCCUGUUGAUCUACAGGGCCGUUCCAGCCGAGCGUACGUGUGCUGUCAAGUCAGACAGCAACAACAGCAACUUUUUCCGAAGAGACUGGAAAACUGUUGGAAAUGGGAACCAAAAGCAGUGGAGAUAGAAUCUCUGAACACCAUUCCCAACUAUCAUAAGCGCAAAAGGAGAGCCAAGUCUUUCAAUGUCUAAUUACCAUGCUUCAGGACGUGCGCUAUCGCUUGUGGCCAAGUUUGUUCUGUCAAAUGUCUUGAUUUCACCAGAACUUCUGACAGUGUUAGAGGAAGAGGCUACCAGAGACCUACAUAGUUUGGAGUUGUUUUCUUUUUUUUUCAAAAUCAAUGCUAUUAUUUCUACACCUUAUCCCGCAUCUUGAAAUAGAAAACAGCGAAUCAGCGUGUGAAAAUAGAGGCAAGAUCUGAAAACAAACGACGGGUGAAGAAACAGUCUGGCGUUGGAAUGUUUUAAGUCUUUCAUUUUGCUGCUCAAAAAUGGAGGAUCACUUCAGGUUUUGGUCUGCAAAAAGCCAAACAAACCCUCUGUUUACAAAGCAGGAAGCAUCUUUAUUUAUCACUUUACUGAACCAGGAGGAAGCAACUGUGAUGAAAAAAAAAAAUGCUGAGCCUUACUAACAAGGAACACUUUAAUAGAUUAACUAGUACCAUCUUGUAAGGAAAAUUAAGCCAUGUUGCAUCCAUAUGUUCCCUUCUGCAGAAACCUCGUGGGACAGUAUGAACAUCCUGCAUUUUUAAGUUUGUUAAAGAUGACACUUUUUCUUGCCUUUAAGGGCUACGUUCUCUGGUGUGAUCCCUAACUAACCUUUGAAAAUCAAGUUUGCUAUUUCAUAGCUUUAACGUUGACAACUUAAAUCGAAUAACCAUGUGAAAUCAUUUGGUUCAGAGGCGAAAUAGUUAUGGUUGUAAUUCCUUAGGUGAGUGUGGAAAUGGCUCUCUAAUUGCCUAACACGCCAUUGAAAGGUUGCCCCAAUUAUUGGAGUGUUAAGUGGUGGGAGCAAAUGUUUUAUUUUGAAAGGAUGCUCGAGCUCUGACUUGCUAGUUUCAUAGCAGUGAAGUAUUUAUCAUUUGCAUGACUAAUGGCACAGAAAUACCUAUUCCGAAGUCUUACAAUCAAAGUAUAGAAAAGUUUUCAAUCACAAUGUUUAGAUUUUAAAUGCUGGAGAGAUUGUCUUGAGCUGGAUCUUUUAUAGGUAAAAUUGGCCAUAAAAAUACAGAGUCACUGAGCCUGUGGUCUAAAUAACACCGUGCGUUAAUUAGUUUUUCAAUUUUGUGCAGUAACAGUGUAGUUCCUUGUGUUUAAAUGAGUGAAAACAGGGGUGCUGGGGUGUGUGUGUGUGUGUGUUGAGCGUGUGUGUGUGUGUGUAUAUGGCCCUUAGAAAUGCUGUGAUUGGAGUUAGGUUCAAGAGUUUUGCCUCCAUCUGCAGAACUUCCUAAAAACGCUCUCAUCUGCUACGAAGGAAACUUGAGUACAAAACGCUUUGCAGAUUUUCAUACGUAAAUGUCCUUAACAUUUUGAAUUGUAGUUCAGUGGAUGAUAACUAAAGGAAAUCAUAUUGAUGGAAGAGAACUGGCCAUCUCUGCCCUUACCCUUUCAAGACCUUUCCACAACCAAUGUAUCAAAGGGCAUUAGAUGUCACAAAACAUUAAGCCUUACUAGAACGUCGAUGUAGCCCGUUUCCCAUCUACCUUGCAGAGCUUUCGUUACUGUACUUUGUUCUCUUAGGGAGAUAGGCACACCGUUUAUUUCUGGCAUCUGAAUGCCCAUUUUGGGUGCUCUGAGUCGCCCUCCUAGAGGCACCUACCUCUUUCCAUUGACUAUAUAGCAAACUUAGGCUUUUAACUUUGGUCCUCCAAGUCACACAACUGGUAUGCCUAAACUAGAUGGUAUGAAUGUUCUCUUACCCCCUCCGCCCACCCACCCAUAGUGUUGGCUGCCAUGCUGAAGCAAGAUGCGAGAUGUCCAAUUAACGAUAUCUCAAAGUUUGAAAUACCUAGACUGGGAAACACUUUAUCGAGUGUUACUGAGCAGUAUCUGUAGAACAGCUUGUCAAUGUGAGAUCCAUGCCAUCAGCACUCAAGGAAAAUCAACCUGAAACCAAGUUGGAAGUGCACAUUGUGUGCAACAUUAGAGAUGUUCAUCAGCCAAGAGAAUGAUAUGAAGCACAACACGAGCAGCCUAACAUGAAGUUCACAAUAUUAAACAGAUGGGUUUUUAACAUGGGGGAAAAAAUUGCACAGUAAGUUUUUGACAGAAAGUGUUAACAAAAAUAUCUCCCAGUCCUGUUUCUUCAUUAUACUCUUGUAUUUUCAAAAACAUAGACCGCACGUGAGCUACCACACAACAUGGCAGGGGGAAAGUGUAAGCGUUGUGUUUCAUUGUGUAGUUCUGAGGAAGUAGUUAUGCACUAUUUGUAUUUCCACUAAUGUGAAGGUAGUGGAGCUUGAAUCAAUGACAGUUGCACUCGACAGAGAUUUUCUUCUUCAAGAGACAGAGGUAGCAGAAAGGGAGGGAGGGAGGUGAAGCCACACGGCAGCUGCGUGCCCACCCUGCGCGGGAGUCAUUGGUCUUGGGUUGCUGUUUCGUUUGUACCCUGAUAGGCUUACCAAUUAGAGUAUUUGAAAGUUUCUUAUAACAUGCCUUAAAAUAUUAUCAUUUGUUCCAAAGACCCAAUUUCCUUUGGCUGGUCUUGUAGAGCUUUAUACUUUUCUACAAAGACAGCAUUUCUCCAGUUUCCUUGGUUUGUUUUUUUAGAAGUUGCGACUUUCGUUCUCUAAAGCUAUGAUAGUGAGAACAACUGUUUUCUCCUUCCCUUAAAAAUGCACACAAAAACUAGUCAAAGCAAACAAACCAGAAUCAGAUCAAGAGUAUUAAACAUGACUGUGUUGGGUUUGGUUUUGUUUUGUUUUCUGUUGUGUCCAUCCCCCCGCCCGCUCCUUCAGAGCAUCAAAAACAUUUUGGUGACAUUUUUCUGUUCUGGUUCUAGCCUCUCCCUAACCCCAGUGCUACAGUUGCCAUUACUUUUCUGUGGGAAAACUACUGGUAUUUGCUUUCCUGUAUAGAAUGUUGCCUAAAGAUGUCAGCCACUCGGCUGGGGGGUUUUGUGCAUGUUUGUUUUUUAAUUUUAUUUUUAUGUGGUUUUUUGCCAGUGUGCCGACAAAGCACUGGUUAGGCUUUAAUUGUGAAACUCCGCAACAAAAGCAAACGUUUGACGACUGCAGGAGGCUUUUAUCUGCAUUGUUGUGCAUCUGUUAAUUCUUGAUCAGGGUUUGAAGAAAGACUGGAGCGGGUUCUGGAAACAGGCUUAACGCUGUUGAUUUGGAGUUUCCUAGGGGUGAUUUAGUGUAUUUCACAGUUAAUUGUUGAGCUCUAAUACAACUGGCAACUUUAAAUGGGGCAACAGUUUGUUUUGUAACAAUGUCAGUUGUUUAAACCUUGAUGUUUCAAAUAAAACAAGAAUUGUACAUAGAACUCAAUGCAAACUCAGCAGUUGUA